ACGAAGAUCAAGGAAAAUAACGUCUACAAGAACUUCUUCCAGAGCUUCGAGAAGAUGAAAAAGGACUCGGAGAACAAGGCGAGAAUCACCUCCUUUGAGGAGCAGAAAUCCUUCAAACAGGUGUUCGACUACUUGUCCAAGGAGUCGAACAAGAUCGGGGUCGUCAAGUCGCUAGAAACGUUUGUCAACUUCCAGUCUCCGUUGCAGCAGCAGCAGCAGCAGCAAAGCGCAGAGGACCCUAAUGUUUCCAGCAAGCUCUCCUUUUUUAGCACGGCUUCCGGGCCGAUCAACCUAGAAACGCAGUACAAAAACAAGGCAGAGGCAAGGAAGAAGUUCAUCGAGGCGCUCUCCCCCACGCUCAAGUACAUCAACACAGACAUACAGAAGAGCAGCCAGAUGUUCGACUAUGUGAAAAUCAACAUAAUCGAGGCGUUCUUGCAAAACUUGAAUGCAAAGAGCGGCAAGGCCAAGACAGGCAGCUCCACAGGGCUCGGCCGCAAGGGAAACAAGAUGCGCUGUUCGAUCGAGGAGAUCAAGCAGCAGAGCACCAGCACCCCACAGCACCCGGUCGUGGACAUCCAAACCCUACCCAUCUUGCUCAAGUUCUGCCUCAACUCGCUAACCUUCGACUUCAACUCGAUUUCAACCUCGCUGCUACUCAUAGACUACAUAAAGAACCACGAGUCCAUAGAGUUGUACGGCUUUGGCCUCAACAUCGACUGCUACAACGCUAUCCUCAUCCAGGUGUGGUCCAAAACAGAGAACCUGAACAUGGUGGGCAGCCUCAUCGACGAGUUGAAGAUCAACGCCAUACAGCCCGACCUCUACACUUUCAAGAUCCUGGCAAAAAUAUACCUCCACUGCAUGCGUGUCAACGACGGAUUGGGCAGCGAGCCUUACAUCAUCUGGAAUGACAGUUCAAACGAACAACACCCGAUGAUAAUAACACAGAACCAGUUUUAUCGGGAGUUCGAGAGAAUUUGCAAAAUGUCCCUUACACACUCAACAUGUAGAUUGGCCAUAUUUGUCUCCUGUUUCAACAUCGAUGCAAUAUGUUCUUCCAAAAUGUUAAGUGAAUACUUGAAAAAGCAAUUCAUAGUUUUUCAGUUAAUCCCCGUUGUCGGAUAUAUCGACAUGAAGGAAAAAUUCAUGAAACUAGACUCAGAUAUCAUGAACGUCAUACUUAUUGGAUGUGGUGCCACAGCAGAUCUUGAAAGCUUUCUUGAGAUAGAUUUCACCGAGUAUCUGAGCUCUGAUAUGAGUGCAGAAGAGGCGCAACGACUAGUAUCCUUGGGAAGACUGAACGAGGUCAAAUUGACAAGGAAAAUCUAUGUUGUUGACGGUCAUAGGCCCUGGAAUCUCGACAACCUAUACGGUUCUCCGAUGAUUUGUUGUUUGGACGAUAACUCAGCUGCAGAACUCAAUACAGAAAAGGAAGCUUUCUAUUAUCUCAUCAACAUUCCCGCAGAUUUGGCUGGUGAUGAUGAUGAGGAGGAGGAGGAGGAGGAACUUGAUCUGGAGGAUUCAUUGGACAGAAAAAGAAAUAGAAACGAACACAAAGAAUCUAAUAGAAAGAAAAGAAAGCGACUUAUUGAUGAGCACCAGGAAACUUUAGAGUCCUACUACCAACAGGGAUCGACCAUCUCGGUCCCCUCUUCGCAUCAGAUUUACGAUUUACUAUCAACUCUUGGUGAAAUCAGUAUUGACUUUCUUUGGUUUGCAGUCAUUGGAUCUCGAUCACUACGAGAUGUAUACCAUAGAGUUUAUGACAUGGUGUAUCCGGGACUGAAAAACGAAAUGCAAAGAUUGCAGUCGGAGAAUGACUCCUUUUCGAUGAGAAAUGACCAAGCAAGUAGAAGCAACGGAUUAAAUGGAUCCGCAUCGUCCUCCUCUUUGUUGGAUUUCAAUGUAUCGAAACGAGCUGACAAUACCGGAUUGCAAAGCUGCAAAGAGUACACCCUAUUUCUUUUACACCAUUGGACUUUGUAUGAUGCAUUUUUUUACUCUGACUAUGUCAACUCCAAAUGCCAUUUAUACUCAAAUGAUGGACGAAGAUUACUCAAGACGAUGUUUGCCAGAAUGGGUAUCUCAUUGAUCCAGGCGAACCAGAAUUGGCACUAUUUGGACUUGGAUUUAAAGAAGAAAUUGGACGGUUUGAUUUUGCGGGAGGUUGGCAAGUUCAACCUCACAGAGGUCAUCAUCGAUGGGUUUAGAAGAAAUUACGGGUUCCAUGGAUCGAUAUCGUCGGGUGAUUAUGUCGAAGCUGUUCAGGCGCUGUUAGAACAUGCAAUGCCACAGCCAUAUGAAAAUGGAAAAUCGAAGCCUAUUUUGAACAACGGAAGGAGAAGAAAAAACGAAGGAAAAAAGCACGACUCGGGUACGAAAAAUGAACAAUUCAUAGCAGGCUUCUGGCGUGCAUACGAUGCCCUGAACAAUUACGAGUCAGUAAUUCGAGGAAUGGAGAUUGCAAAAUUCCAGCAACAAUUUAUAUUCGAGAAGGGAAGUGAGAUCAUUCAGAAGGGAAUGGUGAAGACACAGAGCAAGUUCAAGGUUGUCAUCUUGAACGAAUCUUUCACAACAAACUCUAGUAUCACGAGGUCAAACUUCAACGACUCGACUUUCAACAAGAGCGCAUCGUCGUUGAAAGACGACAGAGUGGUUGAUAUCAAGACGUUUGGUAACGGAGCAUCCAUGUUCCAGAAUCCGUUGAUACUAACCAAGUUGGGGAACUGGAUUCUCAACGUGCAGGCGGAUCUCGACGAAGGGUUGCUACCGUUACUGAUAGGAGCGUACAACAGCGAAACAAGCACGUAUCUGAUCUGCGGAUUGCCUAAGCGACGCAAACAAAGCAAGAACAACAAGGUCAAGCAGCAAAAGGUGAUUCUCAACGCCUUUUCUGUUCUUUUCGAAAAAGUCACACAGGAAAUCAGUAUACAGGCACGCAUGGACAGUUUCCAGAGCGCCAUAAUUGAGCUUCGGAAGGAAGAUUUGACGAAGUUUCUCGACGGCUUGACA